AACCUCUUGGAGCCUUUUAUGAAACUAGCGCUCUCCCGGAACUGACCAAGAGGAGACUUUUCUCACUCGAGCUCCAGAGCUAACCCAGACUCGUUUUCCCUUAGAUUUUGCAUGGUUCCCCUUUGUUGCCCUCAGCAUAUGCAGCCCUUAUUGAGAACGAGUAGCUGUGACAGAUAUUUGAGGUGAAAUGUUCAGCAAUCCCCGCCCAGAAGGAAUUUAUAUGGAUGGUCGGUCUGAUUGCUUUGUGGAGAAUCAACUUGGAACAGAAAAACUAGAUGAGAGAAAAUUGCAGUUAUUCAGAUAUAUAAAGAAGUCUUCCUUUGAAUUCAUGGUGUUUCAUCCCAAAUACAACUGAGAUACCAAACAUUUUGGAUUGUUGUUGUUGGACCGAAAAAAUGACAUCUAUUAUCAAAUUAACUACCCUUUCUGGGGUCCAAGAAGAAUCUGCUCUUUGCUAUCUUCUCCAAGUCGACGAGUUUAGAUUUUUAUUGGACUGUGGCUGGGAUGAGCACUUUUCUAUGGAUAUUAUCGAUUCCCUGAGGAAGCAUGUUCACCAGAUCGAUGCGGUCUUGUUGUCUCAUCCCGACCCUCUCCAUCUUGGCGCCCUCCCCUAUGCUGUUGGAAAGUUGGGCCUGAACUGUGCCAUCUAUGCAACCAUUCCCGUUUAUAAAAUGGGACAGAUGUUCAUGUAUGACCUUUAUCAGUCCCGACACAAUACAGAAGAUUUUACACUCUUUACCCUAGAUGAUGUGGAUGCAGCCUUUGAUAAGAUACAACAGUUAAAAUUCUCUCAGAUUGUGAAUUUGAAAGGCAAAGGACAUGGCUUGUCUAUCACACCUCUGCCAGCUGGUCAUAUGAUAGGUGGAACAAUAUGGAAAAUAGUCAAAGAUGGAGAAGAAGAAAUUGUUUAUGCAGUUGACUUCAACCACAAGAGGGAGAUCCACUUAAAUGGAUGUUCCCUGGAAAUGCUAAGCAGACCCUCCUUACUUAUCACAGACUCAUUUAAUGCUACUUAUGUGCAGCCCAGGAGAAAACAAAGAGACGAGCAGCUUCUGACAAAUGUCCUGGAAACACUUCGAGGUGAUGGAAACGUAUUAAUAGCUGUGGACACUGCAGGCAGAGUUCUGGAACUUGCUCAACUCCUUGAUCAGAUUUGGAGAACUAAAGACGCUGGAUUGGGUGUUUAUUCGUUGGCGCUCCUCAAUAAUGUCAGCUAUAAUGUGGUGGAGUUCUCUAAGUCCCAGGUAGAAUGGAUGAGUGAUAAGUUGAUGAGGUGUUUUGAAGACAAAAGAAAUAAUCCAUUUCAGUUUCGUCAUCUCUCUCUAUGUCAUGGUCUUUCUGACUUGGCUCGAGUACCUAGCCCUAAAGUUGUACUUGCCAGCCAACCUGACCUGGAAUGUGGAUUUUCAAGGGAUCUCUUUAUUCAGUGGUGCCAGGACCCUAAAAACUCGAUCAUUCUGACUUACAGAACUACUCCUGGGACUUUAGCACGUUUCCUAAUUGAUAAUCCUUCUGAAAAAGUUACAGAAAUAGAGUUGAGGAAACGUGUGAAACUUGAAGGGAAAGAACUUGAAGAAUACUUGGAAAAAGAGAAACUAAAGAAGGAAGCUGCUAAAAAGCUCGAGCAGUCAAAAGAGGCAGACAUAGAUUCCAGUGAUGAGAGUGACGCUGAGGAAGACAUUGACCAGCCAUCAGCGCAUAAGACCAAGCAUGACCUGAUGAUGAAAGGCGAAGGCAGUCGUAAAGGAAGUUUCUUCAAACAGGCUAAAAAGUCUUAUCCUAUGUUUCCUGCCCCAGAAGAAAGAAUUAAAUGGGAUGAAUAUGGAGAAAUUAUCAAACCAGAGGAUUUCUUAGUGCCAGAACUUCAAGCUACUGAAGAAGAAAAAAGCAAAUUAGAGUCUGGCCUGACAAAUGGAGAUGAACCCAUGGAUCAGGAUUUAUCUGAUGUUCCUACUAAGUGUAUUUCUACAACAGAAUCUAUUGAAAUAAAAGCCAGGGUUACUUACAUAGACUAUGAAGGACGCUCUGAUGGGGAUUCCAUUAAAAAAAUCAUCAACCAGAUGAAACCACGCCAGUUAAUCAUUGUCCAUGGACCACCAGAAGCCAGUCAGGAUCUUGCAGAGUGCUGUCGUGCAUUUGGUGGGAAAGAUAUUAAAGUAUACAUGCCAAAGCUGCAUGAGACAGUCGAUGCCACUAGUGAAACUCACAUCUACCAGGUGAGAUUAAAAGAUUCACUUGUCAGCUCCCUUCAGUUUUGUAAGGCAAAAGAUGCCGAACUAGCUUGGAUAGACGGUGUCUUAGACAUGAGAGUUUCCAAAGUGGACACAGGAGUUAUUUUAGAAGAAGGCGAACUAAAGGAUGAUGGAGAAGACUCCGAAAUGCAGGUGGAUGCGCCUUCAGAUUCUAGUGUCAUAGCACAGCAGAAGGCCAUGAAAAGUCUGUUCGGAGACGAUGAGAAAGAAACAGGUGAAGAAAGUGAGAUCAUUCCUACUCUGGAACCCUUACCACCUCAUGAGGUUCCUGGACAUCAGUCGGUUUUUAUGAAUGAACCAAGACUGUCAGACUUCAAACAAGUUCUUUUAAGGGAGGGGAUCCAAGCUGAAUUCGUAGGAGGUGUGCUCGUUUGCAACAAUCAAGUGGCAGUCCGUAGAACGGAAACUGGACGCAUUGGAUUAGAAGGCUGCCUUUGUCAAGACUUUUAUAGGAUAAGAGACCUUUUAUAUGAACAGUAUGCCAUUGUGUAAAGGACAUGAUGUCAAAACGUAUCUGUUUGACCUUUCUAAGAAAAAAGGAUUCUUAUUCUAAGCUUUUGCUUUUUUGUUUUGUAACAUAUAAAAAGAAUCUGCCAGAAAAACUUAACAUGCAUUUGAUUUUUAAAAAUGUAAAUAGAAACCAUAUUGCUAAUGCUCAAAUGAGCAUGCUGCCUUUUGGCUUUCAGAGUGUCAGAGAUCCUUACGAGUGCACAGGCCUUGGAGUUGAAGGUAACUGGCUUCCUUUACAGACCCCUUAUUUUAGAAGGGCUUUUACUUGAAUUAAACAAUGCAACUUAGCAAACCCGUUCAUGGCCUUAGAGAAGCAUGUUUGCAUGAAUUCUUGCAAACUGUUUCUUAUAUUUUCUGGAAUGAAAAGUAGGAAUUUCUUUUAAAAAGAUGUGCUAUAAAAAAAACAAACUGAUAAAACAGUUUUUUGAGGCCUAUGUAUUUAAAAAACGGAAAAACCAAGAGUACGUGCUGUAACUUGAAUUCCUGUAUGCAGUUUUCUUCACAUGGAGCCUCUCUUCUCCGUGGCAUGCUUCCCAGUGAUUCACUCUUCCAUGAGAUGGGAUACAUUUGGUUCAGAAGUCAGUUUUUAUUUCCCCCAUUUCUUAUUUUAUCAAGAUUUUGUUCCUGUUAUGUUGUUCAAUUUGAAUUAUAACACUGUCAUUUGGAUAUAUGUAAUUGAAAAAAACUCCUAGUCUUAAAGGUCUUGCCUACGUUUAAACACAUCUUAACUCACAGCUUGGUUACUGUAUUGGAGACUGUUCAGUGCUUUGCUUUCAGAGGAGCAAAUGUUGAACUUUACAUUUUUAUAAGGUAACAGUAUAAUUAAGAGGUGUAAAUGUGUUCAUCUCUUAGGCUUGCUUUCUCCUAAGGUUGCCCAAACAGUGGUUGAAUUUUAUACAUAUUGCUACAAAAAUAAUACUGAAGUUGGACAAGACCAUCCUUUCUAUGUUCAUGUCUUUCUUGGGGCCAGCAGCCUCGGUACAGUGUAAACCACUUGUGCUUAAGAGUAAAAACAGUACAUGCAAUUUGCAUUGAACUUAAAAAUGAAAAUCAUGUCACCCUGUUGUAA